GUUGAAGAAUCCGGAUUUAAUCCCAUGAUGCACUGAAAUAAAGAUGUCUGCCCCCAUGAAGAUUAUGUAGCAAAACUGAAAGUUUUCACGUUAUUUUCUAUCUAUCUCUUUUUAGUUUUGCGUUUUUUCUGAUGAAUGGAAAUGGAAUCUCUAUUCAACAUCAACAGGAUUCCUGACAGCAGGAUCAAGCUGAUGACGGCCCUGUACUUUCCGUUUGGUGUUGCACUGGUCAUCAUUAGACUUUUCAUUACACUGCAUGCUCUCCUGGUUACCUGUAUAUUGCCAAAAUGUGCUGCUACGAGUUUGAUUCUGAAAACUAUAUUUGGAAUAAUCGGAAUACAAGUGGUCAUUCAAGAAGACAAAAGACGAGACAAAAGUGCCAAAGUGAUUGUAUCCAAUCAUGUUUCCAACCUUGAUCAUAUGAUCAUUGAUUUCAUCAUUGCUAACAUAACGCCUGACAUAAUUGGUCUGUCGUCCUGUAUGCAGUGGUUAACAGGUUUUAAAGACUUUGGUUCUUCUAAAGGAGCAGAUAUCUUGGAGGAGAAUAUCAAAAAGUUUGUUAGAGAAUCCAAAUUCCCAGUGUUACUUCACCCUGAGAAGACCACAACCAAUGGAACGGGACUUCUCAAGUUCAUGUCUUUCCCCUUCAGCCUUGGAAAAGUCCAGCCAGUAGUCUUGCAGGUAACAAGAUGGCCUAUGACAAUGGCUGUGACAACGCUCACAAGCAAUAUUUAUCAAGAUUUCCUGUGGAGUCUCUUCGUGCCAUACACAAUUUAUAAAGUGAAAUUACUACCAGAGGAGGAGUGUGGGGAGGAGGAGAGUGUAGAGAACUUCGCUGAGAGGGUGAGGGGGAAUAUGGCGGAGUGCCUGAAUGUCCCACUGACCGAAUACACAUGGUCAGACAAGCAGGACCUGGUCAAGCGACUCGAGGAAGCUAGGAAAAAGGAACAACAGAGAAGUGCAAGGCAAAGACCCACAGGAAACUCUGCCCUCCACAGAACAAGCUCUGACCCUGAGCUUCAGAGAAUGAUACAACAGGUACAGGAUGUGUUACCAGACAUACCAGCCGCCGUCAUCCUGGAGGAUCUAGAGAAAACUCGUGAAGUGGAUCUAACUAUUACUAACAUACUGGAAGGAAAAGUCUCUACAGAGCCUCAGAAAAAUUCACAAACAAGCGACAAACUGUCGCACAUCAGAAAGAAAAUAAAUGUUGAUAUGGCACCAUCGCAACAGAAAUAUGGAGACACUACAUUCCACCCCGUGGCCUCAAAUCGUAUGCUUUCUCUGGAAGAACGAAAGCAGAUUAUGUUGGAAACUGCCAGACAACGAUAUAAAGAAAAACACGGACUGUUGUAGCAAGAGGAGGUCAAAUUAGACAUUUUCACAAAUUUAUGAAAUGUUCAUUUUUCUCUAAUCUUGCUUUUGUUUUUUUCGACAAUUUGGAGGAUGUUUUUAUCAAUGUUGACAUCUAAAACUGGAAUUCUAUCGUCUCCUCUCUCCGUCCACCAUUGGAUUCCUUUAACAGAUCUUCAGUGUCAACCACCUGCUAAUGAUCUAUGUCAGGAUUUUGCAAAUCAUAGUUAUUACUGCAAUUUUCAGAAAAGAGAUGUAUAAUAACCUCGUACUGCAUUAACAGUUAUGUUAACUUUUAAAAAAGGUGAAUUAGAAGAUGCAUGUUUAAGAUUGGCUUAUAUUUCUCAAAAAAUGGUGUGGGGAAAAGCAUUUUUUCUGGUGUACUCAUAUUUUCUAGUCAGGUUUUCUGAAUAUCACUGAAUGACAUAUGGUAAUAUAAACAAAGGCGGAUGACAAAUGUAACAUGUAAAAUAACUGAAGGUUUAUCUUCUUUCCAAACCUCACCCAUCGCCUAUAUUAUUGGUGCAUCUAUUGUAUUUCUUUCUAUCAGAGAAUAGAAAAUGUAAGUUUUUAUGUUUGUGUUAGUUGCAGCUAUGUUUGUCUAUGUUCUCAUAAGGCCCAUGGAAAAUAGGUAAUUGUGGACAGGGACUGUUUGAGAAAAAUACAUUCACACACACACAACCAACUUGUUCUUGGUUCCCCUCCUUUGAAAUUACUUCCUACAGGCCUGAUCAUAUGACUAGAUUUAGUAUUUAAACAUGAUGAAAUAUUUUAUCCAUUGUAUAAGGUAUAUAUGUUAUGUAUGAUUGAAUGAAUGAUUGAAUUUCAUUUGUUAAAAUAUUAAAAUAUUUGCAAUAUU